GCUCGUACAGUCGUGCCCGUUGUAGUCAUCAUCAAAUUAUUAUCAUUAUUAUUAUUAUUUAUUAUUCCCUGUACGGCUGUACCCCCUUCGGCCGACGAUUUUUUUUCCACAAAACAUCUGAUACGCACUUUACUCCUUUGUUUUGCGCGCGUACGGAACGAAAAAAAUAAAUAAAAAUAUUGCAAGAGGGAAGAGUGAUUACACGCACGCACACGCUCGCAGGCCGCGGUCUGCUAUCGAUUUGCCGUGUUGUUCAGUAAUAUUGUUCUCUAUAGUCGCAGCUCUCGACGAGGGUCAACGGCGGACGUGGUGUGUCGAACGCGCGGCCGAAACAAUCAAACCAACGACAGACCAAAAUAAUCGUCGUAGUAGUUACAUAAUAUUAUCAUAUUAUUGUAGGUACACCGUUUGACGUUUAUCAGUCUUCAGGCGCGGCUUAAAAAUCGAAUGGCUCGACCGCCGACUCGCGUCAUUCGUAGAGUUACAACUGCACCGAUCAGUGCCGAAAAUUAACAAAUCGCUUACACCUUUUCGUCGUCCGGUCAUCUACACUCACACUUUGUGUUUGAGCAGGUAUCGCAACGCCGCUCCCCCGAAUCUGAUGUCAACAUGAAAAGAGACUUGGCCAAGAAAUUGAUCGAACGUUAUUUCUAUCUGAUCACAGAAGGUUGUGGCAACGGUGAAUGUGUAAAUGAUUACUGUGCAUCCAGCAAAAGGGCUUACUACACAUCACAGUAAGUCAGUUAGUUUGUGAAACACUCAUUCGACCAACCUUCUGAAUGUAUUAGUUCUUCAUAGAUCAUCGGCUAGCUGAAUUAUCAUUAAGUAACUGUUUGUGUACUAAUGUGGUGUCAGCUAAUGAUGCAGCAGCUAUCGCUAUUCAAUUAUUUCGCCUAGAUGCAAGACUGUGUGAUCAGCAUCCCAUGAAAGUAGCAAGAACCACUAAUAACCCAUCAGUGUCUGGAAAUACUUUACAUGAUGCCAAUACAUCAUUAGCUUGCUCUAGCAACACCCAAGAUAAUCUGUGUUUAUCACAUGAUGCUUGUGUACAAACAAAUCAUCCAUGUACAGUAUUUGAAGUAAUCCCCGUGCAUUCAAUUGACUUAUCUAGAUCAUUAUCAGAUGCCCAGAUUACUCAAACCACUAGUACUUGUUCUCAAACAAAGGGUGGCAGUAGUUCAUCUUCGUUUAAAAUAGUCAGUGCCGAACCUAUGGCCAAAGAACACAAUCCAUUCAUUGCACCAGUUGUUGAUUCCAUGGCACAACAAGAAGAAGAUACAUCUGCUCAAGUUUCUAAAGAAGAAGUCAAUGAAGAUGUGUUGAAAGAUGUUGAUCAUGUAAAUCCUUGUGAACAAAAUGGUGCUACAAAUCAUUCAACUAACAAGGAUAUUUUGGAUCGCUUGGAUGUUGCUUCAUUGAGUAUACCAGAUUGUAUUAUGAACGAUGUUGAAGAUAUAAACUUAGCCUUCAUGGAAACUAUGAAAAAAACUUUAAAACAUAUUGCCUCUUUUCAAAAUGGUAUUAAAUAUUUGAACGAAACCAAUUUGAUCGAACUAACGAGCCAUUUAAAAGGACCCGAUCCAUGUAAAGAUAAUAAUGAGUUGCUAUCUGCUCUGUACCAAGUAUUCUCAACACCAGAAGCAUUGGGUAAUAGUUUUAUAAAACGCCCACCAGAACGCAAAAAAGACUUGCUUAAAUUUCAUAAUCAUGCUAAGGCUUCAUCCCCCAGUAUGUCCAAAGAAAAAAUACGUGAAAUGGAAAUUGAAAAAGAAUUGGAUGAUAAUUCAAUGGAUGAAGAUGACGAGGUAGAAGGAGAUGAAGAUUACAGCGAGAAACAAUUAGAUGUAGCAGGGUUAGCACGAGCAUAUAAAAAAAUGAGUUCCCUCAAUAAUGAUGAGUUUUAUAAAGAUGUUCUAUGUUUAGCUAUUAGUUCCUUAUGUGCAAAAAUUACUGUAGAAUUACAUUUUUUCAAGUCAAAAUCAUUUCCAAUCAGUGAAAAAUAUUUAGAGGAUGUGUUACAUUCGCUUAAAAUCAUCUAUGAAAUGCCAUGGUUAGAUGACUUAGCAUUUGUAGGGCGUAUAAUCCCUAGGCUUGUAGCAGCUACAUGUGUGCUCCCAGUGGCUGAACAAGCAAAACUUGCAAGAUUCUGGAGUGAAAUGUCAUCCGAAAACACGUUGCGACGUAUAUUACACUGCCUCCAAGAAGCUAUAACGUUCCAACUAAUAUCUACUGAAUAUGAUGCAACUUUCCAAGAUGAGACUGCUGUUGUAUUUGCUACAAAAACCAUGAAGAUUUUAUACUAUGCGAGUAUCAUGGCCGGUGAAUGUGAUAGAAAUGUUGAUAAAGAAGAUACUAAACAGCCUGAACAAAUAGAGAAAAAACCCGAAAAUAUAAGGGAUGAAAAUUUACUUGAAGAUAUCCUUAUUAAUUCACACCCAAAGAUUAAAAUCAACAAAACCGAUCCAUUAGCUGACAUGUUAAAUAUAAAUAUUUUGGCCUGUCGUGCCCCUUUAAUUCCUAUAUCCAAAUUUUACAACGAGUUGUUGAGUGAUGCGCUAGAAAUGGAUGAUGAUUACCAAACUUGGAGAGAAAAUGGCAAUGAAAAAUUUUCGUACAUGUCCCAUUCAUUUGUACUUACCCCAGCCACUAAGACUCUAGGGCUGUAUUAUGAUAAUCGAAUACGUAUGUAUGAAAAUAGACGUUUCUGUCUCAUACAAACGUUAAUAGGUCAGCCAACUCAUCCUUACCUCAAACUUAAAGUAAGAAGGGAACACGUUGUCCAGGACGCUCUAGUUGAACUUGAAAUGGUAGCCAUGCAAAAUCCGUCAGAUCUCAAAAAACAAUUGGCGGUUGAAUUUGACGGUGAACAAGGUGUCGAUGAGGGUGGAGUCUCUAAAGAAUUCUUCCAUCUUAUUGUCGAGGAAUUGUUUAAUCCAGACUAUGGCAUGUUUGUGAUUAUGAACUCUGAUAGUGGAAACCCUACUUAUUGGUUUAAUUCGUUUUCGUUUGAAACUGCUGCCCAAUAUUCAUUGAUUGGUCUCAUAGUCGGAUUAGCAAUUUACAACAAUGUCAUAUUAAACAUUAAUUUACCAAUGGUUGUAUAUCGAAAGUUAUUAGGAAAACGGUGUACAUUCAACGAUCUGCAAGAUUGGAAUCAGGAAUUGUACAAUGGUUUAAAGAAUUUGUUGGAUUACGAAGAAGAUGACAUUGAAGAAAUGUUUAUGCAGACAUUUAGAAUAUGCUACAAAGAUGCGUUUGGUGAAAUAGUAUAUCAUGAUCUCAUAGAUAAUGGAGAUAAUAUUACUGUAAACCAUAUAAAUAAAAGAGAAUUUGUCGAUAAAUAUGCUGACUUCUUACUAAACGAAUCAAUUGGAGUACAGUUCAAUGCAUUCUACCGAGGAUUCCAAAAUGUUAUGGAAGAAUCUCCAUUACAAUACUUAUUCUGGCCUGAAGAACUUGAACAGAUAGUGUGUGGCAGUAAAGUAUUUGAUAUGUCAGAGUUAGAAGAAACUACACUUUAUGAAGGAGGAUAUCACAAAGAAACACAAGUUAUCAAAUAUUUCUGGGAUUUUGCCCAUGCACUACCUAGAGUCUCUCAGCAAAAGUUACUACAAUUCACGACAGGAAGUGAUAGAGUUCCUGUUGGUGGCCUUGGAAAAUUAAAAUUGACCAUCACGAGGAAUGGUUCAGAUUCUGACAGCAUUGCCUUGUCGUACAGGCUGCCUACCGCACAUACCUGUUUCAACGUCUUAUUGCUACCUGAAUACAGCAGUAAAGAGAAACUUGAUGAGCGACUUUCAAAAGCUAUCAAUUAUGCUGAAGGGUUUGGCAUGAUAUAAAACCAAUAAGUAAAAAACACCCACCUAUAUAUUGUGCUAUAUUUCUUUGAGUACAAUUAAAAUUUUUAGAGAUUUUUAUUAAUAAGU